UAUCUAGUCGACCUUUUAUCGGUAUAUUAUCGUUUCUCAAUGCUUAAUAAACCACGGCUGCGUUAUAACGCGUAAAAUUCGAGAAUAAGUCACACCUAGUCAGUUAAACUUAAGAAAAAGUAAUUUAAAGUUAUUUAUUGAGCGAAUUUUCUUGAUAAAGUCGUGAUUAUUUUGUAACUUUUAAUCAUGAAAGUGGUAGUAUUGGCAAUUACCUUGCUUAUUGCGCUGUGCAGUGUCAGUGGAGAUCAUUUGGUGGUGGGGAAUGUGGCCAACAGAGUGCUAUUAGCUAAACAUGAGAUGGUGGAGUAUAAUGCCUUUCCGUUUAUGAAGAGAGUCAAAUAUUAUUUCUACUCAGGACCGGAGUAUAAAAAAAUUCAGGGCAUCCAAGCUCUAGACACCCUGCAUAGCAGAGCAAGCGUGAACAUCACCGCCGGAGGGGUCGGCCACUCCUUCGUCAACCUACGAAUGAAGAGUGAGAGAGGAAAAGGACUUGCAUACGACAUUGGUAUCUACGUCAAUCCUGACUUCCAAUAACAAAGGAACUACAUAUAGAACGGCAACUCGCCGCUCCCCACCAGCGGCUAAGCUAGAUUCACCUCAUCCCCCCUCGGUCUUACUUUAGUCUUCAAUCGUAUGGCGUCAGACGUCACACACACAGAUGCGCGUGUACGAUAACGUCAAUGUGUAGUGUCUGUGUAAAACGAGGUGUUUAGUAUCAAGUGUCAGGUUUGUGCUAUAACUAUAAAUAUCUAACACACAUGAUAAAGCUCACCACUAUAUGCCAAUUGGGGUAGUCAGACUUACGUCCAUCGCAAGAUGAACUAAGGGUGAUCUCAGCUGAGGCUGCCCUCAAGACCAUGCUCAAGUCCCCGUUUUUAUAUAAGAACUGUCACAUUGACAUGAUCUUGAGAGCAGUCUCGAAGUUGAGAUUAGUUUAUUAAUGGCCCCGAUUCCUGCAGACACCGCUAUAGGGACGGACGUCGAGGAGGCAAGUAAAACCAGCGAAUGCAUGAUUAAUACAGAUUAAUGCAUAUGUAGUGUAGUAAGUAUAGCUAUUAAGUAUGUCUAAUAAUCUAUGUAAUGAUCUUUCAAUAUAAUCUGUAUUAAUCAUGCAUUCGCUGGUUUUACUUGCCUCCUCGACGUCCGUCCCUAUACCGCCUAAUUUUAUUUUAAGUUAUACCCGUCAUUUUCUUAUCCGCCGAAAAGGAAAGGGACGGAUGAUUGUCAACAAGUUAAUUUAAAAAUGAAUGAAUAACCCGUGCGAAUAAAAUAGGCAUCUCGCUGGUAUGCAAUCCGUUGGACGUGCUGUCUACUUAAUCUGUCGGGUUAUUGGCCGAUGUAAAAUUUUUAGACGGUUAGAUUCCUGCUUAAAAUUGACGUGUAUUCCAUAAAUUUUAUUCCUGUCGAUUAUCCGUCCCUUUCUUUUUCAAAGGAUAAGAAAAUGACAGGUAUAACUUAAAAUUAGAUGGCGUCUGCAGGAAUUAGCACCAAAUUACCCAACUAGGAGUUAGACCAACGUGAUAGGUGGUGAGCCGUCGAGUCAACUGUGUAAAAAAUCUACUUAAAUAAAAAUAUUUUAAGCCAA